AUUCACGAGUUCUACUACUUACUAGUACUAGCUAUACUACGUUUUUUCGUUCAAAAUGACUGCAUCAAACAUUGAUGAGAUCCGCCAAGCUGCCCGUGCCGAUGGACCCGCUACCAUCUUGGCUAUCGGCACUGCUACGCCUCCAAAUUGCGUGUAUCAGGCUGAUUACCCUGAUUAUUAUUUCCGUAUUACUAAUAGUGAACAUAUGACUCAGUUGAAAGAGAAGUUUAAGCGCAUGUGUGACAAAUCAAUGAUCAAUAAACGUUACAUGUACCUAACGGAAGAUAUAUUAUUGGACAAUCCAAAUAUGUGUGAGUACAUGGGUUCAUCCCUAGACACCAGGCAAAACAUGGUGGUGACUGAAGUUCCUAGGUUGGGUAAAGAAGCUGCUGUUAAGGCCAUCAAGGAGUGGGGCCAGCCUAAGUCAAAAAUCACCCAUGUCAUUAUGUGCACAACUUCAGGUGUGGACAUGCCAGGAGCAGACUAUCAGCUCACUAAACUCCUCGGCCUUCGUCCGUCUGUCCGUCGCUUCAUGCUCUACCAACAAGGUUGUUUUGCUGGCGGGACUGUCCUUCGUCUCGCCAAGGACCUCGCGGAGAACAACCGUGGGGCUCGUGUCCUAGUGGUUUGCUCUGAGAUCACGGCUAUUUGCUUUCGUGGCCCCACUGAAACCCAUUUGGACUCUAUGGUUGGUCAGGCCCUAUUUGGGGAUGGUGCCGGAGCAUUGAUAGUAGGUGCUGAUCCAGAUGAGUUAAUUGAAAGGCCCUUAUUUAAGAUGGUGUGGACAGCUCAAACCAUAAUUCCAGACUCUGAGGGAGCAAUAGAUGGACACUUACGUGAAGUAGGACUCACUUUUCACUUAUUGAAAGAUGUCCCUGGUUUGAUCUCUAAGAACAUUAAUAAGGCUCUUGAGGAUGCAUUUUUACCACUUGGAAUCAACGAUUGGAAUUCCAUCUUUUGGAUAGCGCACCCGGGCGGGCCCGCUAUUUUGGACCAAGUUGAGCAAAAGUUGGGACUAAAUGAGGAAAAAUUAAGUGCGACACGUAACGUGUUGAGGGAUUAUGGUAACAUGUCUAGUGCUUGUGUUCUGUUUAUCUUAGAUGAGAUGAGAAAGAAGUCGUCUGAGGAAGGGAAGGCUACUACAGGCGAAGGCCUCGAUUGGGGGGUUUUGUUCGGAUUUGGGCCGGGCCUUACUGUAGAGACGGUGGUGCUUCGUAGCGUUCCUCUUAACUAUUAGUUAUAUUUGUAUGUUUGUCAUUUGUAUUAAAAAUUGCAGUUUAGGUACGUAGUUACUUCGAGUUCUACCUAUGUUGAAGCAAUUUUUUUUAAAAUGUAUUUUAUUUUGAGUGUAUUAGAUAUAACUUAUGAAAAGGUUGUUGGGUAAGUUUUUCAAAUAAAUAUUGGCUGGUUAGACCAGUAUUAGCUGAUAA